UUUGCCGUCUUUAGAGACCAAAUGAUGGGGUAAUUUAUUGAAGGUUUGGUCUCAAUUACAGUUUGUACUAAGAACCAAAAAAGAGUUUGUAAGAACAUGUUAUAUCCCAUGUCUCUAUGGGAGUUACAUAAUAUCUAUAUAUAUAAAAAAAUGUUUGCUUCACUCCUGGGGUAUCCACGUCACCGUCCACAUCACUAAUUCGAAACCUGACGUCGCGACACCUGUCCCUCUUCCAAAACGCUGCACUUCGUCUUUGUUCUCUCUUUUUUUCUUCUCUUUCUGUCGUCUUCUUCUUCUCGCCGUAAUACUUCACCAAAACCGCCGACUUAAAAAUCGGAGACAUCCUUCCCGGUGAAUCUCCGGCGUACACACGCAGUCCAUCAAUCAAAAAUCACAUCCCACUCGAUCUCGAACACAGAGUUGGUAAAUAACCUUAUCGCCAUCAAUGGAGAACGGAGGCUCCACAUCCUCUUCCUCGGGAUUAUCAUCAUCUUCCCUUCAAGCCUCUAUGCAAGAAUUCAAACUCUUUGAGACUCAAUUGAAUUUCUAUAUGAUUGGCUGGAAUGGUAAUGGAGUGUAUAGAGUACUAAAGUUAGACCGUAUUGAUACGUCUGACCUUAAUAUCACUGAUAUUAUAUCAGUGAGGAUGCCACCGCCUAUACCAGAAAAGAAUGCUACGAGUUGCUUAAACGGAUACACGAAGGCAACAAGGCCACAUGCGGCCUCAAACUGGUCACUCUCUGUUAUGGCAUCAUUGGUAUUGUGUCGGUUAUGUUCACUGAAAGAUACAUUUUUUUACCUUUACAGAGUGUUCUCACAAUUUUAUUUUUUCGUGCUCCACAUUUAUGUGGUCUCAGGGUUCAUUAAGUUUUUGGGACCAUACUCCAUGCUGGUUAUUACCGAGAGAAGAGAGAUAUGCCAAAUUUGUGGUCACAUGGUCUAUGAAGUGUCCAAGAGUGAGAUCAUUUCUUUGCGUAAUUCUAGCGUGCUUUCCAACAUUGCAAAUUCAAGAGACGAGAACGUGUGUUUUCAUCUACCUUUUACUAUAUUAUGCCAUUUUUUUGUUUGUUCCAAGCUUAUUGUUGAAGAAAGUUUCUGUUUUUCCUUUCUGUUUGGUGAAAAGAGAGUGAGUACAUGUGUUUAUUUAUUACACACCUUCGACCUUUGUAUGAACUGUAGUCAUAACCUUUACGUUUCUUUAUCUGGUGUUUCCCACAUGUUGAUAAACAGGUACAAGAAGCUCAUGUGUAUGGUGGACCUUACAAAUGACUUCUUUUUCAGCUAUUCUUUCAAUAUAAUGCGUAGUUUCCAGAAGAAUCUAUGCAACCAUGAGAGUGGUGCUACACUCUAUAAGAAAAUGUUUGUGUGGAACGAGUUCUUGACUCGGGGAAUUCGACAUCAACUUUGGAAUACCGCCUGGACUGUAGCAUUGGUGUACGGUUUCUUUAAGCAAGUACAGCUAUAUUUUCUGCUCCUCACUGCCAAAGAGUAGAAAAGUUUUCCGGAAUUCCUUUUUUUUUUUUGUCACAACAACAGUUUUGUUAUUUGUGUACCAUUUUAUUUGGGAUCAUUAUAUUGCAUCCCUAUAUCAUGUUUUGUCUUCCACUAAAAGGUCUGCAAACGAAGCACUAUUGGUUUUUAUAGCUAUGUAUCAAUUUUGAUGUUCUUUGCUGACUAAUAAUAACUUCCUCAUUUUAAACAAA